AUGGAGCAAUUUGACGGCGACGGUCCUCGCAAUCACUUGGAAGCGGAGGCCCGCGACGAGAAGAAGAACCACCGCAAGGAUAAACCAUGGGAUAGUGAAGACAUUGACCACUGGAAGAUCGAUCCAUGGCAGGAAGAGGUACCUGACGAGAAGAACGCCGAGAAAACGAUCAAGAUGCCAGGUCUGCUGGAAGAGAGCUCGUUUGCUACGCUGUUUCCUAAGUACCGUGAGAAAUACUUGCGUGAGGUGUGGCCCAUCGUCACGAAGGCACUGGACACGCACAAGAUUUCGUGCGAGCUAAAUCUGGUGGAAGGCAGCAUGACGGUGCGCACCACACGCAAGACCACGGACCCUUAUAUCGUGCUCAAGGCGCGCGACUUGAUCAAGCUGCUAGCACGCAGUAUUCCUGUGAAUCAAGCGGUGAAGAUCAUGGAUGAUGAUAUGCAGAGCGACAUUAUCAAGAUUGGCGGCCUUGUGCGCAACAAAGAGCGCUUCGUGAAGCGCCGCCAGCGUCUCGUGGGUCCGGACGGAGCCACCCUGAAAGCCAUUGAGCUGCUUACCAACUGCUAUGUGCUCGUGCAGGGUAACACAGUGUCAGUUAUGGGUAGCUACCAUGGUCUUCGCAAUGUGCGCAAGAUUGUCGAGGACUGUUUUGCAAACGUGCACCCGAUUUACAACGUAAAGCGUCUGAUGAUUAAGCGUGAGCUGGCUAAGGACCCCAAGCUCAAAGACGAGAACUGGGAGCGCUUCUUGCCUUCGUUUAAGAAGCAGAACGUGCAGACAAAGAAGCCCAAGAAGGUGCGUGAGAAGAGAGAAUACACGCCGUUCCCGCCAGCGCCCACGGCCAGCAAGGUGGACAAGGAGAUUGAGAGUGGUGAGUACUUUAUGAAAGAGCAUGAACGCAAAGCCAUCAAGAACCAGAAGAAGCACGAGGAGAAUCUACACGUGCUGCAGAAGCGCAAGGCCGACAAGAUGGCCGAGCAUGUUGCGCCUAGUGAGAAGGAGACCACCAAGAAGCGGAAAAAAGAAAAGGCUGAGGUUCAGGAAGAGAACAAACGCGCGACUUCGGUCGAGGGUCUAAAGCAAAAGUUUCUCAGUCAGAAUAGUGCGAAGAAGGCAUCAAAGUCCAAAGCUGCUACUUCUGUAAACGACUAUUUGGCCAUCCCUUCCAAGAAAAAAUGA